AUGGACCUCCCCAAGCUCAGUGACACCCCGACCCGCCAUCCAUAUUUCUGCCUCAGCAUCUCCACCAAACUCAUCAACACACUCACAAGCAUCCUGAUCACCAAUGGCCCAAACAGCAACAACAACCUCAUCCUCUCAGUCGGCAGCGGCAGCGGCCUCUUAGAGGCCCACCUCCUGAAGCACCUCACUUCUCUCCCCGAAUCCACAUCCACGUUCACAAUCCAAGGCGUGGAAGUCCGCUCGCCCCCAGCUACAGCCCCCGUGAACAAAUACCUCCCCGAGCAACACUCCGCCACCGUCAGGGGCACAUGGGAGCUGUCCCCACUCCUCGACGCAGCCGACGCGCUGCUCUUCGUCUACCCUCGCGAACCGGGCCUGGUCACCCGAUAUCUGGCGGCGCGGCCGACGUCGCUGCGGGUCGUGCUCUGGCUUGGGCCGCGUGCGGACUGGGAGGUCUUUGGGGGCUGCUUUCAAGGCUUGGAAGGGUUUGGGGACGUUGACAUCAUCGAGGGCGGGAGUGCUGGCGUUGCUGAGUUCGAGAUGAUUGCUGUUGUGCGGAGUUGUUGA